GCUGCAGCAUAUGUCAUUAACUGUUUUAUAAAUCAAUUUAUUAUAAUUAAUUAAAUUUGUUAAAAAUCGAAAAAUUCUGCAAGUUAGAUUGUUAAAACUAAAAUUUAAUGUCUCGUAUACAUGCUCAUAAAUUUACAAUAAUUCAAUAUAAAAAAAGAAACGUCGCUAAUUAUGGCACGUGACUAUAAUACUAGAACUUUAGUUAUCUACAAAUGUAGAUGGCGUUGUAUGUAAAAAUAAAUGGAGCGAAUUUUCAUGGAUUUCAAAUAAGUCAAACAAUUAUUUUCGUACAAGUUUAAUAAAGAAGAAUAAUUUAUUAAUUUAAAUAAAUAAAUUAAAAAAAAAAAAGACAAUGUCACAGUACUAUUGUGAUACAAAAGAUAUCAAAAUAAUUGAUUUCGGUGAAGUUGAAAUGGGUAGAACGAUUAUUAAAUCAAUUAAGAUAAUGAAUGAAAGUUGCAAAGAACAAUUUUAUGAAGCACAAAGGGAUCCUGUAACAAAUCCUAUAGAUCAUGUUUUUAAUUUGAAGUCGUAUACCUGGACUUUACUACCUGAACAAUCUUUCUCCUGUGAAGUACAAUAUCGACCAGUUGUACCAUGUUCUAAAAAUGUGGAUUAUUUUAUUAUUACUGGUACCGUUUCUACAUAUAUAAAAAUUAUUGCUUGUGGAACUUGUAUUGGUCCUAAAAUUUCAUCAUCAGCAAAUAAAAUUAUAUUAAAAUGUUCAAAAAAAUAUACGCAAGUGAAAAAACAAAUAAAACUUUCAAAUCAUUCAAAAGUAAAAGCGACAUUUGCAUUUGAUAUCGAUAUAGAACAAAGACACUUUAAAUUAGAUAUCAGACAAGGUAUACUUAAUCCUGAUGAUUAUAAAUAUAUAACAAUAACUUUUAUACCAACUGAAGAAGGAAUUUAUGUAUAUCAUUUACCAUGUUUAAUAUUGUAUCAGAGUCCUAUUAUUAUAAAAUUAUUUGGAUUUUGUACAUCGAUUCAUCAGCAAUCUGAGAUUAACUUAGAUUCAGACAAAUUUAGUUCGCAAGAACAAAAUGGUUUUGAAGAAUAUAUGAGUGAUAGUAUUAAUAUAAAGAAAGGAAAUUUAGAACUAAUAUCUUUAUCAAAAAAUUAUUUUGACUGUAGUCAGGUCGAUACAAAAAAUAAAAUAAAUAGAACUCACCAAACUGUUUGUUUUACAAAUCAUAAUAAAACGAAUUUAUUACUCAAGUGGGAUCAAGAUGUUACUGGAGUCUUUAAAAUAGAGCCACGCAUUGCAAAAAUAUGUCCAAACCAUUCUGCUCUGUUUGAAAUCAUUUUUCAACCUAAUGAAGAAAACAAUUUAUAUACAAAGCAAUUCAUUGGAUAUUUUUUUGAUAAAGAUCCAAGGGAUGAAGGAAAAGAAGAAAACAAAAUUUUUGUAAUUCCUUCCUUUACAUGCAUACGAGUAAUAGGGCAUUCCUUUCCUACUAAUUCUGCAGGAUGGAUUCCUCAGUAUGAAUUACCAUCAAUGAUUGUACUACCACCAUGUAUUCCAUCACUAUCAGUAUAUACUACAUUUGUAAUUAAGAAAUUUGGCCAUUUGCCUUUAAUGUUUCACUUUUUGCCUCCAGCAGAUAGCCAUUUUGUUGUCAAACCUAUGUUAGGAAUUAUUUAUGGAGAUUAUCAGAUAGUGGUAGUUCAAAUGUGUCCUAAAAUGAUGGGAGAACAUUUAUAUAUGGAACAAUGGGCCAUAUGUUUUAAUGGAAAUCUAAAGAACAAAGAUUAUAUUAGUUUUAAAGGAUAUACAGAAUAUGCAAAUAUUAGUUUUAAUAAUAAUCCAAUAACAUUUGUUACAACACAUCUAGAUACACAGCAAAAAGAACAAAUACUUAUAAGAAACCUUACUCGUCACAUUAUUAUGUAUGAAUUUUUGAAUGUACCAUCACAAUUGAUUAUUCCACAUUUGAAGGGCCAGAUCUAUGCUAAUGAUAUUCAUUCUUAUGAAUGGGUGUUUCAUCCUACCGAAUGUGGUGAAUAUAAUUUUGAUAUUAAAUGUAUUCUGACGAUCAUACAAAAUGAUUUACCUGUUGGAGCAGAAAUUAGCAUAAUUUUGCACGUUACUGGAAAAUGUGAAGCUGGUUUACUUGUGGCAAUACCUAAUAAAUUGAAUUUUGAUGUACAACUAUAUGGAAAUACAAAAACUAAGAGUUUUUAUCUUUAUAACUUCAGUUCUGUCAAUAUACCUUUCAAAAUAAUAUGUUGCCAUAAAUCUUGGCCAAUAGGAUGUAUAGAACGUGAUGUUAAAAUAUAUCCACUUUCUGAGACUGUUCUUCCAAGAGAGUCAAAAAAAAUCGUUGUAUCUCUUACACCAUACACUUCAGGGUUUUAUGAAAUAGUGAUUAAAUAUAUAGUAAGAAUAAAUUCUUCGACGGAUAAUAUAAGUUAUAUACAAUUACCUCGAAAAAUAUGCAAUGUUUAUUGUAUGUGUGAAUUGCCCACUUUAAAAAUCGAAGAUGUACACUUUUAUGGAACAUACUCAUCAAUAUCUAAAAUUAAUUUAUGGAAAAUAAUAGAAGUAAAUAGAUUGAAUAUUACUUUGAAAAAUAUAUUGCCAUAUGAAAAAGAAACACAAUAUAUAUUUUUCCCGCCAAUGUUAUUACAUGAAAAUCCUAUACGUAUAAAAUUAUAUAUAUCUAAUCCAACAUCAGUGAAUACUACAUGGAAUAUUAAAAGAAUACAAUUAUGCUUUUGUAAAAGAAUAAAUAAAUCGCGAGGUCUCUCAUUCCGAUAUAUGGAAUUUGAUUGUGUUCAUAGGAAAGUAUGUUCUAUUUAUCCACAAUCAGGAUUAGUAAAGUCUCUCUCUCUCUCUCUAUUUCUCUCGAAGCCAAAAGAAAUAAUUACAAUUAAUAUAGAAUUACGUUAUUUAUUAUUGGGAAAAACUCAAGUAAAAUGGGAUUUAAAUAUUGGCCAUGAACGCCAUAUUUUUUUAUAUAUGCAAGUAGAAGCUUUAUCUGGAUCUGAAAAAGAACUAUAUUUACUUUAUCCACAAGUUGUAGAAUUGGACACUUAUUUUGCCAAUAAGAAAGCACAACAUCAAAUAUAUUGGAUUUAUAAUUAUACAAAUAAUUAUUUACCAUAUACUGUGGAUAUUACUGACCUACAUAAAAUAAAUCAAAUCUAUCAUUCAGAAAUAUUUGCAUGUCUAAAUCCAGAUGGUAUUGCAGAGCCACAAUCUCUUACACCUCUUAUUUUGAAAUAUCAUCUUAAACAAUUUACAGCAAUUGAGGCAUAUCUUCCUAUUACUUUCGGCGAUAAAAAAACAAAAUUAUUUAUAAAUAGCCAACCUAAUAAUGUAUCAGAAUUAUGGAAUAUAGAAGUACAUCCCAAAAAAGGUGUUAUACAGCCUAGAAAACAUCAAAGUUUUCGUGUAAUAAUUAAUACAAAAAGUUUAACUUGUCAAGUAAAUAUUAGCGUAAUUUGUGAAUUUAUUAAUAUUAGUCAAAGACGAAUUUUUCAAAGGAGUAUUUAUAAAUAUAAUGAGAUAUGUAAACAACUGGAGUCAGAAUUUAUUUUUACAGAAAAAGGUGAACACUUUCCACAGUUACCAUCAAAACCAGAAGGAAAGCCUGAUAUAUUUUGCAAAGCAUUGUCCAUACAAUGUAAUAUAUACAGUCCAGAAGAUAUUCUUUUAAGAACCAAAUUAAUGGAAGAAUUAAAAAUGGCUCCAACGGAUGAACUUCAGAUAGAAGACAAUAUAAAAUCUUCUAAUAAUUAUGGACAUACUAAAAUGAUAUUGUUCAUUUUAGAAGGAAUGAUAUGGGAUAUUCUUAAUAGUAGAACAUUUAAACAUACAAUUCAAGAAUAUGCACUUAAUGGGCCACACUUGUAUUAUUCUCAAUUUUUUACAAAUCCAUUAGAAAGUGAAAAAUUAAUAAUGAAAUCAUAUAUAGCACCACCAAAAAAGUUAAUUGCAACAAUAUUAGAAAAGAUGCUAUUUUUUAUAAUACACGAAGAAUUUCAUUUGGAAACUGAACAUUUAUGUAUACAAAAAGAUAUCAGGCACUUAAACGAUACAAAACUAAUACCCGUAUUACAAGCAAAUGAUAAAGUUGAAGAUGACUUUCAUGAUAUCUUAAAAAAUCGUCUCAAACAAUUUAGAGUUUCUUUUAUGGAUUAA